GCACGUCCGCGGGGGUCGCGGUGCUCGCUAAGAACCGUAUUUCGCUCGCGUGGCCGCCAGCCACAGCAUCGCCAGUGCUCCAAGAGGGGAGGCUGGUGGCUGCUCGCGCGCACUGGGGGGUGAAGAGGGGCAUUGUGUUCAUCUCAGCCGACCCUCGGCCUAGCGAUUGGCGCAGCGCGGCGGGCGAGGAGACGCUGAGCACGUUGCUGCAGUAUGUUCAUGUGCUCAACUGCCUGUGCAUGUAUUGUGUCGUGUUGGGAGGUUUCAACAUGGUGGUCGAUGAGCUGGGCUGCAACUGGAUCCAUGCGUUGGGUGGCGUCGCGAUGGCGACCGCAGCCGCCGCGCGCCGUCAGGGUGAGAGAGGGUCGGUGAUCGACUGCGCUCUGGUGGCGGCCAAUCUGUUUACCAAAGUCAGGCGACCCGUAGUGGGCGAGGCAGCGCUUACUUCGCCACGCAGGCCAGUGCUCUAUCAGCUGCAGGUGGUGGACGUUCCCAUGUGGUGCAGGGUACCCGACGAGCUGGCCCCGAUCGCAGCGAAUCCGCCUGUCGAUUGCGCUGGGCCCCCCAGAGACAGGGAGAGAGUGGUGCACCUCAUCGACGCUGCCUCGACUCAGGCGGGCCCCCGGGUAGACGGGGGUGCGGUGCUGCUGGAGGUGGGGUAUGAGCUGCUCGACCGAUGGGGCGUGACUCACCUCGGCGCCGCGCGCUCGCUCAUGGCCAUUGAGAUCCAGAGGCUGCAGGCUGCCAGUGCGAUGUGCGCCCCAAGCGACCACCAGUUUGACGACAUUCUGGGCUUCUUCAUGGAAGUAUUGGCUUUCACGGGCGGCUUGUGGGCAAUGCUGUAG